AUGGGACAGACCACUGAAAAACUACUAGUCGAAGUCUCGAUUUCAGCGCUGCAGGUCAAUCCGAUCGUCACCACAAACCCGGCUAGGGAGAUUUUCAUCGAGAGCAUAACUUAUCCUACGCGCCUCAAUGCGGUGUGCCGAUUUCGAGUUACAGGACCUGAAUUCAGCAGACAGGACAUAUUCAGCAUCGAAGGAAUUGCCAAAUCCCAGGUAGACAUUCUCGUUGACACGAACGCUCUUUCAACGGUAAGCAUGGUGCGCAUUUGA